AUGUUCAAUUCUUAUGCAGAUUUCAAAAUCAUCACAAGUAUGGAGAUAGAUGCUAGGGAGGGAGUUGGUUGUGCAAUGUGGAGGAUUGCCAUGAGCCAUCACUAUACUUGGGGGACUUUUCGUGACAAAACCUACACUACAAGAGUGGAAAAUGGUGCACGAAAAUUUCAAUUCAUAUUUGAGGAGGGGACAGAGUCUUGGAGAAUAUGGCAAAGUGUACGAGGUUUUAGCUUUAAGUUACCGUGCCUUACCUUAUCAGUUAAAGCCCUAUUUCUUGUAGGGAAUUUCCCUGAGGAUUCUAAUAUUAGAGCCUGGAACUUAUAUCAAGUGUGGGCAGCUGAAGGUUUUCUACCAAUGGAUUCUAAGCAGAUUGUGGAAGCAGAAUCGAUAAUGGAUAUAGCAGAAUGA